AUACAAUGUCUGUGGACGGGACAUUGAAACCGGAGGGGGUAUGGUUUCGCUCGCACCGUAAUGAGCCAAGAUGAAUGAUGCAGCCAUGGACCAACAACAAGUACAACAAACUCGGCCAAGGACACCAGUCCCCACUCUGUGGUUUGAAUUUCUCCUGGAUGCCAGUCUGCUCCAGAAACACUUGGCUCAAGACAAUCCAGAACCAACCGCCACACAGCUCUUGGUGCAGUUUGUGGACCAGUCCAUUAAAACCCAAGGGGAAGAGGAAUCAGAGCCACAGAAACGCAAGGCAGCCUCCUUGAAGAGUCUGGCAUUGCAGGUGGCUGCACACCUCAACUGGAAUAUUACGAGACUACAGAAGAACUUGCCCCUCUUCAUGGUGCAUAAGGUCCUCAAGGACUUUGUGGAGUCAGUCUCGCCUCCAAAUCUCAACAUUCAGCCUGGCACAGAUGUCUGCAGUCUGGGCGACUCAGUCUUGGUAGCCUUGGCAGUCUACAACAGAUGGUGCAUUCGCACAUUGUUGGACAGCACUCAUACAUCCAAACCCAUUAAGACAACAGUGGCAGUGCUUCCAAAUGGGUCCAACUUGAAUGUUGCCAGCAUUAAUGAAAUGGUUAUCAAAACGGUCAAAGACACCUUACAAGAAUCGGUCAGCUUUCUGGAGCGAUGCCUCCCGAUCAACAGAGACAUCUCAGUACCGGGCAUGCAGACGUUUCUUGAGGCCCCGCCCACCAAGGUCCAGGAUGCCCCACCCCCAGACGGCCCUCCAGCCAACGGCGAUGCAAGGGGUUCCUCCCCGUUGACUGAUCACAGGCCGGGUGCACCUAGGGACCCCCUGCCUGUUCUUACCAAGGAGCAGUUUCUCUGCCUCUUGUGUUACGACCUUGGCAGUUUCUAUUUCCAUCAGCGAAUUGUCCCUAGGGCAGCCGAAAUGUUCGGCAGAGUGCUGCUGUUACUGCCCUCGCUGUCAGGCUGUGCAUUCUGUGAUAUUGAUGCCUCCACUCUGCAAGGAUACCUAGCUGCUUGCGGUGGGGGUCAUAAAGACUGGCAUUCCCUGCGGGAGAUCCCACGAGGCCACAUGCUACAGCAGAUAGAGAAAUGUAGACAGCUGGGCAUGAAGGGUAUCAUUGAGCUCCUAGAGGAGGACAACCGCCGCCUGGAGACUCCUCUCUCCUACCGUGACCACCUUGUCAACACUGUCCUCUCAUCACAGCCAAGUGUGGACAGCCAGACAGCCCAUCAAGUCUUGAUCCUCCAUGUCAUCCGGAGGUACAAGGAGGGGCUGACUGUACCCCCUCAACUCCUCAGCGUCCUCAGGAGGGCUUCUGAUGACAACCUUGAGGCGCUUGGAAAGUUCAUUCAAAGAGAACUGCAGCAACAGGAAGGAACAGACAAGAGCAAGAUCCAAACAUUUAUCAGGUGUUUAUGCAGUGAUGAGAGAGUUUUCAAGCAACUUCAGCAGUUGCUUCAAGACGCCAUGCCAGGUGAUGAACUGCCAGUACUGUGCCAAAGAGUACUCAAGGAGGAAACUGUUGCCAUGGAGAUUGGCUCAUCUGCACAAACAGACAACAUGGCUCUGCAGUUGGGUCAUUUGGAGCAGCGUCUACUACUGAGCAACAGUCACUUAGAGCUUGAGAGCAUCCUAACACAACUGCACCGCUUGGGACCCGGCAAACGCUACUCCAACAUCUGCAGCAAGUGGCAGAUUGAGAAAAGCUACGCCUUCAUCCUUGACGGCAUGGGGAAUAAGAAGACACAGGAUGUGCUGUUUUUGCUGCUGGUCAAAGCACAGCAUUGCACAGAAAUCAAAAAUUAUACUGCAGCCAAGUCACUGCUGGAGACGGCGCAUACCCUAGUCCGCGACACCUCCUUCAAGUUGCAGAAGGCACUGCUACAUGAAAUUCUGUACAUUGAGCUCCUGAGCGGGGAGGCCAGUAGCCGGCAGGUGGAACCAGGGAAGCCCACCGUGGCACAGCGGAUCCAAGCAUGCCUGGCCAGUGCCAAGAGUGAGAGAGACAUCACACCCAGAGACAAGAUUCUCGAUCAGUGCAUCGUGCAUCUACUGAACUCAGGAAACUGGGCUGAUGCGAUGGCAGCUGAUUUCAUCGGUACUCCGUACUCAGUGCUGGGUAAGGUGAUUGCUACAGUCUGCCAUGACCUCUCCGUGCGCAAGGAUGCCCUCAAGUCCUCCACCUGUCUGUGGAAUGCCACCUUGCAGAUAUUCAGCUCCAGCAACAAGCAGGUCAAGCGGACCAGCACCGGUAAGCCGGCCGCCACUGUGCAGCGGGAGUCCAUGCUGGCCAUUAUGCUCAGGUCUGAUUUUCUCCAGUUCCUUAAGCAGCUACGAUCCUCCCUCUGUCUGUCGGUAAUGUUGUCAUCUGUCAUCAGGCUUCACAACCUCCUGAAAGAUGACACCUUAAAUGAGCUUUCUCAUGAGCAUGCCCAGCUGUGGCCUAACACCGUCACCAAUUCCAGUGCUAUCAGUGUAGACUCUGUUACCAUGGUCAUGGGUCAGCUGAUUAGUCACGUGAUCUCUGUUAACCCCGGUCAGCCAUCGUGGCUGAGGACACAGGCUGACUAUCAUUAUGCCAACAGCCAGUACGCCUCGGCCCUACAGUUCUACCUCCAGUCAGCCAGUGUGGUGACAGGCCUCUUUGAGAUGCCGGUGCCCCGCGAUGUCUGGUCAGACCAGGUCUACCGCCGCCUGAUCAAAUGCUGCAACCAGCUGCAGUGCUACACCCAAGUGGCACUGCUGUGCCAGCUGCUGCAGCCUGUGGAUUACACAACGGCGUUCAAGGCGCUGCAGGAAAAGUCGUGUUAUGAUGCUGGUGACGCUUUGUAUGACUGCAUCUGGGACGUGACCAUAUUAGAAUACCUCAUAUACCUCCACAACAAACGGAAUGAGCAGGACAAGAAACAGAAAGCGGUCCAGGCAUUGAGUGCAACAGAAUUGAACUCCAGCAAUCCAGAGAUUAUUUUAAGUGCGUCUGCUCAGAAGAGAGCUUGUAAAUUCCUGCGAGCGAUGGCCAAGCAGUACUUAUAAAGGGGGGGGCAGAGGGGAAGUUCCAAUGAGCUGGGAUGGUUUUGACUAUUUAGUGAAGAGAAAUCAUUAAGUUUAUUUUGUCAUCUUUGAAAAACGACUCACUGGUUUUCUCAUCAAAAGAUGAAGAAGUCAAAUGCGCAAGAAGUCUUGCUAAUGUCCUCUAUAAAACCUUAAACUUUAUUUACAUUUCACGAAUUGUAAUGAAUUGUUUAAAAUGGUUUUGUAGCCACCCACACAUUCAUUUGAUUACCGGCAAACUUGAACUCAGAUAGUAUCUUUAUGUUCUUGUGUUUAUUGUUAUUUUGUAGUUCUAAAGCAAGACACCAUACAUGUAUUAUCAGGGUCGAAAUGUUUGAAAGAAAAAAAAGUAAUUUUUCCAAGAAGGUUGAACUUUUUGUCCAAUUUGUGAGUUUCGUGAUGAAACCUCUAAGGUUUGUUGCCUGUUCUGGCUAUAGAAAGGCUGUGUGUUUUGUUGUUGGCACAUAUACUUUCUUGGGCAUAGUCAGGUGUUUUGUUUACACAGAGUUGAUCAAUAUCAACAAGUGAGUAUGUAUUUUGACAUACUCACAUAUGUUGUUUUAUUAAUUCAAUUAUGUUGUUUUAUUAAUUCAAUUCAUAUACAUAAUGUAAUAUGAGUUUUUUCGGUACUCGAAAUUUAUUUAUAUACAGAUUGAAUUGUUAUCAAGCUCUAUCAGGAGGACCACAGUAGCCGUUCUCAACUUUGGUUUGUAUUGCAUGCUGUAGAGUGGUGUGCAAGAAGUUCAGCCCGUCCGGAAAUCGGGCAAUUCCGAAUCUUUACGCCCAGUUUUUUUAAAACAAUGGCGUCGGCUGCAACUUUGUGCCGAUGUAUGCAGCCCUGUGUCAGGCAACACGGCAAAAACCUCUCUGGGUAGUGUAUGGAAAUCCUCGCUGUUUCAAUGGAAUUUUUGGAAUUGAAUUAAUAAAACAAAUCUUGUUCUUUUCAGAA